AAGACCACAACAUCUGCUUCGAUCUACUAAAUUAAUCCGAAUUUGACUAUGCCGAAUGUCAGGAUGGAAGAUUCCGAGACGUUUCAAACCCAAUUCACAUCCAUUAUGGCAAGACUCUUACAGACCGCUGUCAGGGAAGCAACACAACUUUUUGAAGGCACUUUGCUGCACUUGAAAGCGGAGUUGGUGCAACUGAGACAGGAGAAUGUCCGUCUGAAGACAUGUGAUUCAUCCAGUCAAGUCAAAAAAAGGUGCACUAAGGUUUGGAGUCAGAGGAAUGACAAUGUUGCUGAAAAUCGCGAUGUUGGAGUGCAGUGUGAAAAGGCCAUUUUCGUUGACCGGGGCUGCAGUCCUCUUCAGUGUAUAGGACAACGUCUUCACGUGGGGGAUAUUACAAGUGAUAAACUGGCAGAUCUGUGCACAACUGAGGAUAGGAGCAGACAGCUUGCAUUGCUCCUCAUCAAACAAGAGCCUCUAGUGACUGAACAUGACCAAUACACACCAGGAUACUUUCUAUUGAAGCAAGAAGGUGCUGAGCCAAUACUGGUGCGCAGAGAGCCAAAUAAGGACACAGUGGAAAGAGUUGUGAUCCCACCAGCAUUUAAAGCAAUAACCAGGCACUAUAGCAACUCUAGGGAAAAGUCACCACCAUUAGUUACUAGGACCUCUUGUAGUCACAGAGUGGAUUCCUGUGGUCACCAAUCCGACUGGACUAAACACCCAGCCAGAGGUACAGCUGAAAGAACAUCAGAAAACAGAGCCGGCUCGUCUUCCCAAAACCAAACAGAACGAGAAAGUGCAUUUUUGUCAACCGAGACAUCAACUAUUUCAGUACAACAUGCCAAUUCAAACCAGACUCUUGUUCCCUCAAUUAAUUUAUCUGUGCCUAUGAUUGAGCUGUCUGGUGUUCAAGGUUGUAUAGCAAUGCCUAUGGUUCACGGUAGACCAAACCAGAAUCCUGAAACAAUAAACCAGCUAGCCCAGGAGGUGACCACACUAGUACAAUCUGCCAUACCAUCAGACCAUGUUUCAGAUACAGAAGCAUCAAAUACAUUUCCACCAGUCCAGGAUCGGAUUCUCUCUACCAAUCUUGCUUGCUCUCAAGCCCAGGUUUUUGAUUCAUUGCCAAAGAUAAUGCCAGUGCAUUCUGUGAGUUCAAGUCCAUCAUUCCAGUUCCCUUUGGUGCAACAACACAAUCUGGCUCAGGCAGCUCAAUCUUCUUAUCUGCCAAGCCAUGUUCCAUAUACUUCUCUCCACCUUCCAGUUACACCUAUUCAGGGAUCUGUCUCCACACUUCCAGCUUCAUCAAGUAGUACCCCAUACCCACCUCAACAUACGCAAUCUCAAUAUCCAACACAAUCUGAUCAGUUCUCAUCUUCUUCAGACCAUUUUUUUCCUCCACCUGAAAACACCCCAGGUUUACUUGAAUCUCUGGAUACUCUGCAUUUGCACUCGCCCAUUGUGAUGAUGCCCCAAGAUGCCCCAGAGCAUUUUUCUAUGCCCCAUUUUCAGCCAUCCGGGCAACUUGCACCUCUGCUAACGCUGGAGGAGCAGCAAGCUGAAACUUCCUCCCAUUCAAGUGUUGCUUUAGGGAGAGUACCUAUUAUACCUUUACAGACUGCAGUUUCUCCAGUCAAUAACUUUGAAGUCUGUAUUGGAGAGACUAAGUCAGUUUCCAAAGAUGAUGAUUAUGAUGAUCAAGACCUCUUAGAGGAUAGUGAGGACAAUAGUCCCACACUCCAGUCUAGACUGCGGAAACAGAGAAGGGCUUUUUCCAAAUCCAGACAAAUAAAUUUAGCAGAUGAUGUCUGCACAUUCAAUUUCGAGGGUGAAAGGAUAGACAGGGCACAGAAAGACUUGAUUAGUGAAGCAAAAUAUUGUGGCACAAGUGUUUCCACAAAUAAUGCAAGUCAAAGCAAAACACUGCAGAGGAGUACGGAGUGCUCUGAGUGUGGAAGGGUGCUCAGCAAUGCAUCUGCCUUGGAGAACCACAUGAGACUUCAUACAGGUGAGAGGCCUUAUACCUGCUCUCAGUGUGGAAAGGCCUUCCCUAGUGUACGAGGUCUUAACCGGCAUGUAAAGGUCCAUGCAGAGGAGAAGCGGUAUCAGUGUGAGGAAUGUGGAAAAAGCUUUGUUUACCACUUUACUCUUACCAAACAUAAGCUCAUCCACACUGGAGAAAGGCCCUUUCCUUGUAAAGUUUGCGGCAAGAGGUUUUUGGCCAAGGCAGACCGCUCUACGCAUAUGCGAAUGCACACUGGAGAGAAGCCAUUCUCUUGCACUCAAUGUGGGAAGAAGUUUAAACACAGAGUUGCUCUAAAUAUGCACUUGCAAGGACAUAGAGGGGAGAAACGCUAUGUCUGCCCCCACUGUGAAAAGGGAUUUGUGGAUCUAGGUAAUUUUAAAAGACACAAACUUAUCCACACAGGGGAGAGGCCUUUUGAGUGCAAGGAAUGUAGUAAACGGUUUACUCAGUCAGCCCAUCUCAAGAAACAUGUCAACACACAACAUAUGAUUCAUUAAGCAAAACUGACUUUGGCAAUGAAUUCAGUUGAUCCAUUCUAGAAAAUGUAAUAGAAUUAGACCUGAAAAAAUUUGUUAUGGGGAGCUGCUCUCUGAAGUUUGUAGACUACUUUGCCUAUAUUAGAAUGAACAUGUUUCCUAUAAAAUAUCAUAGCAUUCAGAUGAUUUGCAGCUAAUGACAGAGAGUGGCAUCAAGCAAGUCUCACACCAGUUGAGAAGUGCCACGUCGAGGGUAGAACAAGGCACAGGUAUCGCAUACAGGACGUGUCGAUGUGGUGCAGGUGGUAGUCCAAAUUUGUGAAUCUAGUCACCAUACACACAAACGUUACGAAGGUUUUUGUAAGAAUAAACAAAGUGAUGUUUAUGAUUUUGCUCAAAUAAUUUACAAGUGCUGUUUAAUGGAGCAAAGAUUUUUUUCAACAUAGCAUUUCUAAACAUAAUAGUUUAUUUAGGCAACUUAGAGUGUUUAUAAUACAAAUAGAAACAAAAUUAUUCAAAAUCUGAUGUUAAUAGUCAAUAGUGGAUCCCUUUUGCUUGAUAACAGCCUUUAGUCAUUUGUUGUAGUUCUCAACAAGUUUUAGGCAUUUCUCCUGAGGAGUUGCAGCCCAUUCCUCCUUAGCAAAUCUCUCAAGCUCCUCCAGAUUUGUUGGUCUCCUGGCAUGGGUCUUCAGUGUGGCCCACAGAUUUUCUAUGGGAUUCAAUUCUGGGCUUUGUGCAGGCCAGUCAAGGACGUUCACUUUGUUCGUUUGGAGGUAGUUCUUCACCAGAAGUGAGGUAUGCUUUGGGUCGUUAUCAUGCUGGAAGACGAAAUGUCGACCCAUACCAAGUUUUGUUGCAGAAUGCCUGAGGUUGUCUUUCAAAGUCUUCUCCUUUUUCAUGGUUCCUUCGACCCUGAUGAGAUUCCCAGUUCCAGACACACUGAAACAUCCCCACAGCAUUAUACCGCCAUGUUUCACUUUGGGAACGGUGUUCUUUGGGUUGAGCGCCUCUCCCUUCUUUCUCCAAAUAUAGGCAACGUCUCUAUGGCCAAAGUCUUCAGUCUAGCUUGGAGGUGUCUCUUCUACAGAAGUGUAGUUUUUCUUGGUUUCGCAGUCCAUUCCUGUGCAGGGCUCUAGUGACUGUCUUCGUGGAGACAUCAAUCCCAGACUUGGCUAAAUCAUUCACUAGUGUCUUGGCAGUUGUUCUUGGGUCUUUUAGAAACCUCUCACCUGUUUUCUUUCCAAGGUUUUUGAAAUAUUUUGCUUCCUGCCUCUGCCAGUCUUGCUCUCCACUGUGUGGGUCUCUUCAAACUUCUUGAUAAUACUUCUCACGGCAGUUCUUGACACCUGAAAACGCUUUGAUAAAUGUGGUUUAUAUCCUUCUCUUGCUUUGUGAGCAUUAACAAUUAUUUUUCUCAAGUCUAAACAAAUGUAUUUUGUCUUUGCCAUGAUGACAGUUUUAUAUUACUUCAGUAGUUGUUUUGCAAGAUACUAAUCCUCAAUUUGACGUGUAAUUUAAAGGCUUGGGGGAUUAAUUAGGUUAAAUAACCAAAUUAACAGUGGUUGGUUCCGUAGCCAAAUUUUUUUUUAAGUGGGCUAAUAAUAUUGACCUUAACAGUUUUAAAUAAUUAAUUUGUUCCAUGCAAAUUUAAAUAAAUAAGGCCUUCUUCAGAGGAAAAAUAUAAUAAGAAAUACUGUGUUAAAAUCCCCUUGCUCUGUUAAACAUCACUUGGGAAAUAUUUGAAAAAUAAUUGAAAUUUCAUAGGGGGGCUAAUAAUUUUGUCUUCAACUGUAUCAUCCAAUCAUGACAAAACUAAGUAAUCUAUGUCCUUUUGAUAAUCAUUUGGGUCGAAUUGAAUGGAAAACUACAUUUGAUGUCAGAAGUUUACAAACACUUAGGUUAAGUAAUUAAAACAAUUUUUUUUAACCACUCCAUAUAUUAAGUCGUUUAGGACAUGUACUUUGUGCAUGACACAAGUACAUUUUCCAACAAUUGUUUACAGAUAGAUUGUUUCACUUUUAAUUGACUAUAUCACAAUUUCAGUGGGUCCGAAGUACUCCAAGUUAACUGUGCCUUUUAAGCAGCUUGCAAAAUUCCAGAAAAUGAUGUCAACCCUUUAGCCAAUUAACUUCUGAUAGUGCCCUCCCUUCAAACUCAGUGCCUCUUUGCUUGACAUUAUGGGAAAAUCAAAAGAAAUCAGCCAAGACCUCAGAAAAAACUAUAGUUGACCUCCACAAGUCUCGUUCAUCCUUGGGUACCAUGUUCAUCUGUACAAACAAUAGUAUGCAAGUAUAAAUACCAUAGGACCAUGCAGCCUUCAUACCGCUCCGGAAGGAGACGCAUUCUGUAUCCUAGAAAUUAAAGUAGUUUGGUGCGAUAUGUGCGAAUCAAUCCCAGAACAACAGCAAAGUGCCUUGCAAAGAUGCUGGAGGAAACGGGUAGACUAGUAUCUACAUCCAUCAGAUGAGUCCUAUAUCGAAAUAACCUGAAAGGCUGCUCAGCAAGGAAGAAUCCACUGCUACAAAAUGCCAAUACACCACAAAGUUGUGGCAAAAUGGUUUAAGGACAACAAAGUCAAGGUAUUGGAGUGGCCAUCACAAAGUCCUGACCUCAUUCUGAUUUUGAAUAUGUGGGCAGAACUGAAAAAGCAUGUGCGAGCAAGGAGGCCUACAAACCUGACACAUUUACACCAGUUCUGUCUGGAGAAAUGGAUCAAAAUUCCAGCAACUUAUUGUGAGAAGCUUGUGGAAGGCUACCCAAAAGGUUUGACCCAAGUUAAACAAUUUAAAUGCAAUGCUACCAAAUACUAACAAAGUGCAUGUAAACUUCUGACCCACUGGGAAUGUGAUGAAAGAUAUAUAAGCUGCAAUAAAUAAUUCUCUCUACUAUUAUUCUGACAUUUCACAUUCUUAAAAUAAAGUAGUGAUCCUAACUAAACUAAGACAGGGAAUGUGUUCUACAAUUAAAUGUCAAGAAUUGUGAAAAAUUGAGUUUAAAUGUAUUUGGCUAAGGUAUAUGUAAACUUCUGACUUCAAUUGUGAGUGGCACUGCAGAAUUUUGAGCAGCCUCCCAAGUCAGAGUGUAUCAUCAUAAAUAAUUUUUUGUAUUUUAGAAUGCGCUACGUCGUCCGCCAGAUGCCAUCUGCAAAUAUUAUGUAGGUCGAAUAGGUAGUGCUGGGGAGUCAAAAUAAUGGCACAGUUACAAAGGAUGUGCACAUAUGUGUCAUUAUCAUCAUUAUGAGAGUCUUGUGGACUUAAAGUACAGGGGUUUUAAUUGUUGGUACUGACUUUUUUACCUGUUGGUUUUUACAAUUUCAUUGUAUUUUUUCAGUGCCUGGUCAAGCCCAUUAAAUGUUAAAAAUGUUAAAUAAGUACAAUUCUGUAUUUUAUUUUUUUUUACUAAUUUUGCAAGAAGCAAUGUGUAAACUGUCUACUGUCAAGUGAUACUUUAUUAUAUUUUUCUAGUGUAAAUCAAACUAUAUAUAUCAAUAAAAGCAUAUCACAU